CUUCCGGUUCGGUGGCCUGACACGCGUGCACGGCUGUCCUGAGGGCUCGGGGGUCGUUUUGGUGCAGUGGCCCGGCACCUCAGCCCUCCAGAGUGCCAUGAGGUCGGUUAGUUAUGUGCAGCGCGUGGCGCUGGAUUUCAGCGGGAGUCUCUUCCCGCACGCCAUCUGCCUCGGAGACGUGGAUAACGACGCGUUAAAUGAGCUAGUUGUGGGAGACACCAGCGGGAAACUGUCCGUGUAUAAGAAUGACGACAGCCGGCCAUGGCUUACCUGCAUGUGCCAGGGAAUGUUGACUUGUGUUGGGGUCGGAGAUGUCUGUAAUAAAGGGAAGAACCUGGUGGUAGCAGUCAGCGCAGAAGGCUGGCUGCACUUGUUUGACCUGACACCCACCAAGGCUCUGGAUGCCUCUGGGCACCAUGAGACACUUGGAGAGGAGCAGCGACCUGUCUUCAAGCAGCACAUCCCGGCCAACACAAAGGUCAUGCUGAUCAGCGACAUCGAUGGAGAUGGGUGUUACGAGCUGGUGGUAGGAUACACAGACCGUGUGGUGCGGGCCUUCCGCUGGGAAGAACUGGCUGAGGGGCCUGAACACCUGGCAGGGCAGUUGGUGUCCCUCAAGAAGUGGAUGCUGGAGGGUCAGGUAGACAGUCUCUCUGUGACCCCAGGGCCUCUGGGUGUGCCUGAGUUGGUUGUGUCGCAGCCAGGGUGUGCUUAUGCAGUUCUGCUGUGCACCUGGAACAAGGACACUGGCUCCCCUCCUGCCUCUGAGGAGGCCACAGGAGACAGUAGGGAGACCCCAGCUGCCCGAGAUGUAGUCCUGCACCAGACAUCUGGCCGGAUCCACAACAAGAACGUCUCCACUCACCUAAUUGGCAACAUCAGACAAGGUCAUAACCCUGAAGGUGGUAACGCAGGCCUCUUCGCCCUGUGCACCCUGGAUGGGACACUGAAGCUGAUGCAGGAAGCAGACAAGUUGCUGUGGUCUGUGCAGGUGGAUCACCAGCUUUUUGCCCUAGAGAAGCUGGAUGUCACGGGCAAUGGGCUUGAGGAGGUGGUAGCUUGUGCCUGGGAUGGACAGACAUAUAUCAUCGAUCACAACCGCACCGUUGUGCGCUUCCAAGUGGAUGAAAAUAUCCGUGCCUUCUGUGCAGGCCAGUACGCCUGCAAAGAGGGCCGCAACAGUCCCUGCUUGGUAUAUGUCACCUUCAAUCAGAAGAUCUACGUGUACUGGGAGGUGCAGCUGGAGCGCAUGGAGUCCACUAACCUUCUGAAGCUGCUGGAGGCUGAGCCCGAGUACCACCGCCUACUGCAGGAGCUGCGUGUGGAUCCUGAAGAUCUCCCUGCAGUCUGUACCCUGCUUCAUCAGACUCUCUACCAUCCGGACCAGCCACUACAGUGUACCCCCUCAAGCUUCCAGGACCCCACCUAGCUGGGCUCGACCACUUAGCUGGUGAAGGAUCCUUCCGAGCCCCCAACCCUACCCCAGAGCGAUCCAUGACCUUGGAGGAUGGGGAGUGUGUAUUACAGAGGAAGGAGCAGAACUGGGUUCUCAGAGAGGAUGGAUGUGCCCCCCCCCCCCCCCCGAGAGCCUGUGAUGAAGAGAUCCAUCGGUUGCCCCUCUGCUCGUGGCUCCUUCUCAUGCUCCCUGCUCUCACUGCAGGAAACCGACUUGUGUGUGAGACAAGGCAGCAAACCUUUGCUAUGUUCCAACACCUGAAAGGCUUCAGGCCUGAGGAACUGAGGGAGCAUGGGGUGAGCCCCCCUCCCCCUGCUGAGUGCCGAUUUUCACAGCAUAGCUCCAGGCAGCUGACACUCGCAGUUAUUGCAGGAAUGAACGGCAGAGUAUUUAUUCUUUUAGGGUAUUUUCCUGUCUCAUCUUCCUGUGUUCUUCCAUUUACUGAAGCAACUAGGUCAGGGCUUUCUCAUUUUGUCAUCAUCUCUCUCUGGUUUUGUUUUUGUUUGUUGGUUUUGUUUUGUAUGUCUCUGUGUGCAAAGGAGGAACCAGGGGUGUUCACACACCAGCCAAGUGCUCUGCCAUUCAGCUGUAUCCAGCACUGCCGUUCUCUAAAGUACCGUGCUGCUUGAGAGCCUCACCCACCUGCUUCCCAAACAUGACUGCCUGUCGGAAACUAGAUGCUCACAGUUUGUCUUACAUGAUGGUGCACCAGUGUACUCCCAGUUCUUGAGAGAAAGAUCAUGAGUCCAAAGCCAGCCAAGGCUCCAUAGCAAGUUUGAGACCAGCGUGGGUCACAUUUGGAGAUCUGAUCUCAAAUAAAACAAAAAGGCGUUAACAAUCUGA